UGGCCAUGUUCGGUCUUGGAUAAAACGAUCGGCAUAUCUUGUCCAAGUUGGUGGUACAGCAACAGUUACGACACCUUUGAGCCCAACGGCGUCAGAAUCAUAACCAGCCAAGGCACAACAAAACAUUAUGGGCGCACAUUUAUUACGGAAUCUUUGUUGGUUUCUCUUUUCCUAUGGACUUUGCAUCGGCGCCAUGGAGCUUUCUACUCACUCGCCUCAUCUCAACAUCUGCAUUCCUUCUCAAGGCGUUGUUCCCUCGUUCUCCCCGGCCCCUCCCUGCUUACUUUGGACCUGGAGCAACAAACGUCUCCAUUUACGACUUCUCUCUCUCUCUCUGUGUGUGUACCUCUUCAUCUCAAUGUCUCUCUCUAUCCAUCACCUGUUAGCAAUGAAAAACACGACCUUGACGACCCGAGACGGCUGGUGUUUUUUAUUUUAUUUACCCUUUUUCCCGGGCCUU